UGUUCUCAUUGGAUUCUUUUUAAUAAGAAUUUACGUUUUGGGGGCCAUAUAAUCUCCCACUUUCUCAUGCUUUAUAAACCAGACUCCCAGAGUUGGACAUUACUUUCCUCUCGUUCCUCAUAGGUCGAAGGUUUUGCCUCUUUCCUCUCCAUUCUAAGCAUCUAAAUUACACUUUCUUUCCAUCUAUAUUUUCUCUCCCUCCAUAUCAGAAAAUCACUUCAGGCUCUUCAGAUUAUUAUGGCUUCCUCUUCUCCACCCGCAAAGAAUAUUUAUGAGGAAAAUGGUGAUCUCACUCCUCUGCAGAAACAUGUUGCCUUCUUCGAUAGAAACCAUGAUGGUCUAAUUUAUCCAUGGGAGACUUUCCGAGGAUUUCGUGCCGUGGGAUGUGGCAUCCCUUUGUCCAUUGCCGGUGCCACCCUCAUAAACAUUGGUUUCAGUCAGAAAACCCGCCCUGGGAAAUUUCCUUCUCUACUCUUCCCCAUUGACAUCAAAUACAUCCAUACAUGCAAACAUGGAAGCGACUCUGAUACCUAUGACGCUCAAGGAAGGUUUGAUCCUGUAAAGUUUGAAGAUAUAUUCAGAAAGCACGCGCAUACAAAUUCUGAUGCACUGACAUCUGACGAACUGAUGGAGAUGCUAAAGGCUAAUAGGGACCCCAAAGAUUAUAAAAAUUGGCUAGUGAGCUGGUCAGAAUGGAAAUUGUUAUACAGUCUUGGAAAGGACAAGAAUGGAUUAUUGCGCAAAGAAACACUCAAAUCAUUUUAUGAUGGAAGCUUGUUCUAUGAGAUUGAGAAUGAAAGAUCAUCUGCAGCUAAAAAGAAAAAGUAAUUAGUUUAACGUAUUGAUGUUUAUAUUGUUGUUACUCCUCAGUAACUAUUUUUUUCUUUUGGAUUUAUGGGAAAAUAAGUUAGUUUUAUGUUAAUUAAUUAAUUAAUUUGUAAUUUAAUUUGGAUUCAUUAAUAAAAUGUCUUUUUACA